AUCACCGUAACACUUUUCUUCGUUUCCCGGCCACCGCAGUCCCAUCGCCAUCAAGAAGGUGGCACGCCAUCUUGUGCGGAGCGCCCUGCCUCCGUAAAUCCCAGCCUACGCAUCGCCCGAGAUGGCUUCGUUCCCCGAGUUCCCGCUGCCUGGAAACGAGAGCCUCAACGAUGUGGUGCGCGACCUCCUGAGCGGGAACAAGUCGCUGUCGCAGAUCCAGGUCAACAGCGAAUACGUCAUCACCUGGAACGGCUUCUUCAACAUCAUUGAAGUGGUGCUGGCCGCCUCGCUGUUCCUGGUGGUUAACGUGAUGGCGGGCGGCGAUUCAACGCUUCGCUGCCUGGCUACCGUUGCGUUCGCCAUGGCCGUGCAGGGCGUGCACUUCCUGCUGUGCGGCCUCUUCUCGCCCGUCGUCACCAUUAGCAUCGCCUCCUCGGUCUACUACGUGUCCUUCCACAUCAUGGCCAUUUUCUUCUUCUUCGGCCCCGGCUUCUGCAGUCUCCUCAGCCUGCACGUGAGCAUACUCGAGUGCGCCGGAGGAAUCAUCGCUGCGAUAACAGCCGUGGUGUUGGCCUGCGUUCACCUCGUGCACGCCAUCUACUGUCUCACGGGCUCAGUGACCAGACACCACAACAUCAACAUCGCCGACUUGCGAAAUACUUUCUCGGACCUCGUCCAUUGAAACCUGUGCGAGCUGCCAGUGCCUCGCACGGGACGUAGUCGUAUGCUUGCCGUUGUUCGAACAUAAAACCU